UUGGAACUCGGUUCUGCGCCAAAUCGUGUAUGGCGUCGCCUUCUACCAAUAUACUUGCUUUUUGAAUGAAUCACGAUCUUGCUCGUUGGAGCUUAUCGAUUGACUGACCAUCCCAGUCCUCGCCCACGGCGCGCGCCCCGUGUGAUCCCUGCCCCCGUCUUCCCGACCAUGUCCACUUGAUCCCCGAACACCUCCUGAGUGAUCCAGGCUUUCGGAGAUCGAUUAGCAACCAUGAGUAGUCGUGACCGCAUGCGGGGUCCCCCGCCCGGCGAGAUGCCCCCUCAAAGAGACCCUCGUCGAGCUGGUGAUAGUCGCAAUGGCGGUAACGCCGGCCCCGGGGAUGCCUCGAUGUCGAGGGCCGAGAAAUUCGAGGACGAGAAGCGGCGGAUCAUUCAUAGCUGUUUUGGCAAGAAAGACAGCGAUGGCUCGUUGGUCGAGUCCUACAUAACACAUGUCCGCAUUUUGGAAGAUGCGGCAUAUCCGUCCACCCCCGCUCCGCCCAAUUCGCCGCCCGAGAACAAGAAACCUCGUGUGAUCAUUGUCGCUGUGAGACGGUCAGGAAGAGUGCGCAUGCACAAGGCGCGCGAGAACAAUGAUGGCUCGUUCUCGAUUGGCAAGACAUGGAUGUUGGAUGACCUCUCCUCAAUCCAGUCUUACAACGCCUUGGUCCCGAGCACGCCGUUAGAACAACAACACAAGCAGUGGGCUGCCAAUGUUGGAUUCAUCGUCACCGUUGGAAAGCCUUACUAUUGGCAUGCACGGACCUCUAAAGAGAAGGAUUUCUUCAUAGGCAGCCUCGUUAAGAUCUACAGAAAAUACACUGGCGGCAAGGUACCGACCUUGAUCGGCUUCGAUGAGCGUGAACGACAGCUGCUUGCUGGUGCAUCAGCUGCAGGUCCGCCAGCUCCUAAAGGCCCUCCUCCUGGUCCUCCGCGUCCUGAAGUGACCCUGCCUCCCCCGCGGCCUCCCUCUUCACAAGGCAGCCGGCCCCAGUCACCGUAUUCUAGCCGCGCGCCCAGUCGCGAUGGACCACGACGACCACCGCCACCACCAUCUGAGGAGCAUGCCCUACGUGCGCAAAGAAGUCGGGAUCAGAUGGGGAGACCGUCUACUGGCCAGUCUGGUAAAAGCGGUACUCCUCCGUUUAGUCCUCCUCAACACGCCCCGCCAAUGCCUCCUGACCAGCGCGAACAGCCACCUCCCCGUGCAGCCGAACGUCUUGCAGCAGCGGAUUCCAGAGUGCCCAAGGUGCCCAUAAUAUCUCCCCCGGAACCGAGGAAUAGGGACUAUCCCUCUAGUUUGCAGGCCGCUCCUGUUGCCGGUCAGCGGGAACGGUCGAAUGGCAAUUUUGAAGACGCCAGGUCGGGAAGUCCCCUCCCUGACUCCCGACCACCAUCCUCACGCGACGGGCGGAAAGGUCCUGAGUCCAGACCUACGCUUCGUACCCAGGAUCUCCAUCCCAGCCGCAGUAUAGACGGUCUUCGGCCUACUACACCUGGGUCGGUUUCUGGAGAAAAUCUCACCUUCAUGCAUAGUCCGGGUAGUAGCGUGGGUCCCAGAUCGCCCUUAAGGGAAGCAGCCGAAAAGCCCAUUGGCUCGCCCGCACGAGCAGAGCGACAGGAGCCUGAGCCCCCGAGCAACCCCAUCAAUACCCCCGCCGUCGAGGUUCCAGCAGCACUCACGCCAGGCUCUUCAGGAUUUAACAAACCCCCACCAACCGUCGAGUCUGCUGAGGCGCCGGUGCCCACAGCUCCGACACUGCCGGUUUUGACAAAGGAUCCAGAGCCGAUUCAGCCGAUAGCAGAGACUGCUGCAGCUGCAGUACCACCGCCUCCUAGUGAUCUGGAGGCCACUGAGCCUGUGGAAGAAAAUGAUCCCGAUGCACACCGUCCUGGGCUUGGCCCGAUGAUCAAGAAGAAGCAGACCAAGGACGUUGCAAGCGCAUUCCGCAAAGCUGCCACUGCCCAUGGGGCCUUCAAGCCGAGGCCUGGUGGUGCUGGUGAGCGGCUUCUCGCAGCUGCGAAAAAGCAGAAGGCUGCCGCUGAUGAGCCGGAUGGGAUUACCAGCGUGGUGCCUGCUCCGUUCUUGCUUCGGACUAACAGCGAGAAUACGGUGACUUCUCCUGCGACACCGGAAGCAGAGACUCCCCCAGUUGUAUCUUCAUCCCCUGAGAAGGAGGUGCAACCGCCAGCGCCACUGGCGCCGCCAGCAGCGCCAGCUGUGCAGCCUCCUGCCGAACCCCCCAGGAUGGAGCCACCCGCAGUUGAAGUGACUCAACCUGCGCCCGAAGAACCUACGGUCGGUUCGACUGAGGUACUCGCAGAGCCAAGAGAUACAUCAAGAGCUUCUGUAAAAGUUGAUACAGAAAGAUCGAGAUCCGUGUCUCCUUCGCCCCAUGAUCGUCGCCGCAGGCGUCACGAGGAUAACACGAUCAAGUACUGUCAAGCGCUCGGACUCAACCCUAGUGUUCUUGAAGGGCGUGGCAUUGACUUUGACGAUAUCUUGACUGACCUAGGCUGGAACGGACGACUAGGAGACGAAAAGAAGAUUGAAGAUUUGGAGGCAGACAUCCGCCGAGAGAUUGGCCGUGUAGAGGCUACCAGCUGGCUUGGUAACCUCGAACAGCAGGAGGGCAAGAUCGAUCAACUUGCCAAACUUAUCGACAAGACGAUCGUGGAGUGUGAGGAGCUGGACAAUCUCCUUACCUUGUAUUCCCAUGAGCUCAACACUCUCAACGAUGACGUGGCUUAUAUCGAAACGCAAUCCCAGGGUCUACAGGUGCAAACAGCCAAUCAAAAAUUGCUUCAGAACGAGCUACAAAACCUACUCAAGACUCUUUCCAUCUCUUCAGACGACGUUCGUGCCUUGAAGGAGUCGUCAUUGAGCAAUCCCGAUGGCCUCCGAGAUACCGAACUCGCCCUAUCUACGUUGUACAAAGCGAUGUUGAUGAUUGAUUCUGACAUCUGGCAUAACAAGAGGCGGCUUGCCGAUGCGGCUGGAGACCAUGGCAGCCUGGGCGUGUAUGCCGACACAGAAAUCGGCCAAAUGCGUGCAAUCAAAGAAAAGAAGGAAGAGUAUCGCACACAUGCUCGUGUGUUCUUACAACGACUGAAGCAAUUCAUGGCUAUUGCAUACAAGGUUGCGGAACAAAAGAGGAUUGAUGCGGCUGCCAAUGGUCAAAAGGACCCCCUGAAGCUCGACAGCGAAGCCCGUGGCUAUUCCCGUCGUGAAUUGUGGCAGUAUCAUGCUGUGAUCCUCUUCGCUCGGGAAGUUAGUUCCGGAGAGUGGCACGCGCUCAUCAACUUGUAUGAACAGCAGGCCAAACACCCUUACCAGAAUGAUUUCCGAGACAACAACCUGGCGUGGAAGAAGGCGGCGAGGAAGCCUAGUGGAGAGGAGCAGGAACUCCUCUUUACUCACCAGGAGAAGGAGAAGGAGUCUGAAGGAAUUACCAUGGCGGCCCGCAAACUCACAGUGCGACGAGGCAAGACCAUUAGAGCUGCAGCAGGCCUCAGGCUUCCCUCAGGGGAAAAGCAACAGGGCAAGCUGGAGCCAUUCGAAGCUUUUGGGGGAACGCUUCAAGAGACCCUGCAUAUGAUCUCGGAAGAGCAGAAUUUUAUCGUCUACUUCUUCCAUCUCAACUCGCUUUCAACGGUCGACUUUCCAGACCUGGUUAUGUCAGGGGCUCCGGAUGAGCGCAGGAUACCCAGUUUUGGUUCUAAACAGCUGCACGAUCCCGACCGAGCGAUGGCCAAGAAAGUUGAGCAGAUCAUGGACGAACUUUUCGCGUUUUGGCCGACUGAUAUGCAAAACCUUGUGGACUGGGCUAUCAGAGCUGACCCACUACAAGGAAUUGGAAUAUUGCUGGCCAUUGAGAAGGCUAUUUCCGAGUUUGAUGACACCAACCAGGACUUUGUUAUCCACUCUCUUCAAAAACUCCAUUCCCGGUUGCUUGGCCUCUUCAAUCGGUUUGUCGACGAGCAAAUUCGAGGCAUCGAGGAGACCAAGGUCAAGGUCAACAAGCGCAAAGGAGUGAUCUCAUUUAUGCGUGUCUUCCCCCACUUCUCCACGGCUGUGGAGAACAUGCUUUCGCAAGAGUUCUACGACAUCCGGGUCAACGUAAACGAAGCCUACGAUCGCAUCAACCGCGCCAUGUGGGAAUCGCUCAAGUUCAUCGCCAAGGAGGCGCCGGGCCAACCCACGGGAGCGGCUGCGACUUCGGGAGACCCGGAAGAUAAGGAAAUCUUAAAUUACCACAUUCUCCUCAUUGAAAACAUGAACCACUACAUCGAGGAGGUCGAUGUCCGGAGCCUCCCCGUCCUGGAGCGGUGGCGCGAUCGGGCGCACCAAGACAUGCAGGAGCAUAUGAAACUCUACCUCGACUCCAUCAUUCACCGACCACUGGGCAAGCUGCUAGAGUUUAUUGAGUCAGUGGAGAAUCUAGUGGCGACGGGCAUAAACCCCGCCGACAUUGCCAGCCGACCUAGCCACUCCCGAUCGGUGGCGAAGAAGGUGUUGGCGACAUACGAUGCCAAGGAAAUUCGGCGAGGGAUCGAAAUGUUGAAGAAGCGGGUCGAGAAGCAUUUCGGUGACGCGGACGACCCCGGCCUGAGUCGGAGCUUGGUGUUGAAGGUACUCCGGGAGUGCGAGGGUCGGUAUGGGGAAGCGUACGAUCGGACCCGGCGCGUUGUUGAUGCGGUGUACGAAGGCCAGUUGGAGCUCGAAUGGCGCAAGGAGGACGCCAUUGCCAUGUUCCAGAGGUGAAGAGCGGUGUCUCUUUCCUUGUCUGACUCGUGUGGCCAGAGUCCUUUCAGGGUCUAUCCCCGCAUCAUGACGACCGCCUAUCAAAGGCAAGGUUGUCUGGAUGAAGUGGAUAUGGUAGGACUUUUGUUCUUUUUGCGCAUCAUAAGAUGGGCGCAUGGGUUGGAUAUUUGCAUUUUUUUUCUGUGUUCUUCACUUCUUGCUUUCUGUCUUAAGUACCUAUACCAGUUGAUGUAUCUAUAGCCCGUGAUCAAUGAAGGGGAGGAAGGUAAUUGGUAACCUGACUGCUAAGGUCGCACUGCAUUUGCUCUGGUGGGACGAAAGAGUAAACGACGUUGAGAGAGGAACGGGAAGCAGCGUUAGGAAGAUUUCGAUCCAGCGCGGGCGCUGUACCGAAUAUCAAGUGAGGCGAUAGAAGGGAAAGAGAACUCCAUUGCAUAUGAAGGGAUGGUCCAUAAGAUUGGCAUCU